AUGGCAGAUAUACACUACCAAACAUUUCUGAUUAUUAGCAACGAUCAUUUUCCAGAGAAAUCGGAGCUGCUCUCGGAUGUGCGGUCACGACUGUGGUUCACAUAUAGGAAAAAGUUUUCUCCCAUAGGAGGAACAGGCCCUUCAUCAGACGCGGGAUGGGGCUGCAUGCUCCGCUGUGGACAGAUGAUCCUCGCACAGGCUUUGGUCAGCAGGCACCUUGGUCGAGAUUGGAGAUGGGAUGCAGAGAAACGUCAGCCCAAAGAGUAUCAUCGCAUCUUGCACUGCUUUUUAGACAAGAAGGAUAGCUGCUACUCUAUUCACCAGAUGGCAGAAGGCCGCAGAGAUAAAUGCUGGGGAAUGAGAGCGAGCGACCGGCGGUUAUCCGAGCCCAGGUUGAGCAUCGAUGGAGAUUUUAACAGUAGCGUGUCGGCUAAAGCCUGGCUUUGA